GGCAGGAUGCCCCUAAAUGAAACAGAAUUUCACCCUGCCUUCUUCCUGCUUCUUGGGAUCCCAGGGCUAGAAGCUGUACAUCUCUGGAUAGGUUUCCCUUUUGGUUUUGUAUAUGUAAUUGCACUCAUGGGGAACAUUACUAUCCUCUUUGUGAUCCAGAAGGAUCAAAACCUCCAUCAGCCUAUGUUUUAUUUCCUGGCUAUUUUGGCCACCAUUGAUCUGGGUCUAUCCACAACUAUUAUUCCCAAGGUGAUGGGCAUCUUCUGGUUCAGCCUGAAAGAGAUUGCUUUUGAAGGUUGCCUGACUCAGAUGUUCUUCAUCCACUUCUUCACAGGCAUGGAGAGCAUUGUGCUGGUGGCUAUGGCCUUUGAUCGCUAUGUUGCCAUCUGCAACCCACUCCGAUACAACACGAUCCUUACCAAUAAAAUCAUUGUUAUCAUUACAGAGUUUGCUGUCCUGAGAAGUCUGUGUCAGGUGACCCCAGCAGUAUUUCUUCUACUGAAGCUUCCAUUCUGUGGAAAACAUUUCAUUCCUCAUACCUACUGUGAAUACAUGGGUAUUGCCCGAGUAUCUUGUGGCAAUAUCAGAAUCCACAGUAUUUUUGGACUGGGAAAUAUUUCUAUCUUGUUCUUGGAUGUGGUUCUAAUUGCAGUCUCUUACAUGAGAAUCCUCCAUGUUGUUUUCCAUUUCCCAUCACAAGAUGCUCGUCUGAAAGCCCUCAGUACCUGUGGUUCUCAUGUCUGUGUUAUCUUGGCCUUUUUCACCCCUGCAUUUUUUUCUUUCCUCACUCACCGCUUUGGCCACAACAUCCCUGGUUAUAUCCACAUCCUUCUAGCCAAUCUGUAUGUGGUUGUCCCGCCUGCACUUAACCCUGUCAUUUAUGGAGUCAGGACUAAGCAAAUCCGUGACAGAGUGAUGAAUGUCUUCCUAAAAAAAGAGUAA